AUGGAGAUCGACGACUCCGUAUCAAUACAGCCCUUUACGGGCCAAAAGGCAUCCAUCGCAACAAUUCUUUGCGCAACUUGUGGCGCGCCUAUAGAUGGCAGCACUGGUGUUGCCAUGUGCUACGACUGUAUCAAACUCAACGUAGAUAUCUCCUCCGGAAUCCAGCGUGAAGCCACCAUUCAUUUCUGCCGUGGAUGUGACCGCUGGCUGCAGCCCCCCAAUCACUGGGUCGCUGCCGCGCUAGAGAGCAGAGAACUACUUGCGCUAUGUCUGCGUAGACUGAGAGGUCUUACAAAGGUCCGAAUCAUCGAUGCGAGCUUUAUAUGGACGGAGCCCCACUCGAAGAGAAUCAAGGUCAAGAUCACGGUGCAGCAGGAGGCGUUUGAGUCCACAAUUCUGCAGCAGAGUUUUGAGGUCGAGUACGUGGUAGCGUAUCACCAGUGCCCGGACUGUGCGAAGUCGUAUACAGCGAACACAUGGAGAGCGUGUGUGCAAGUCCGCCAGAAAGUCCCACAUAAGCGUACCUUUCUUUACCUCGAGCAGCUGAUCCUAAAACACAACGCUCACCGCGACACUGUAAAUAUCCGCGAAGCAAAGGACGGAUUGGACUUUUUCUACUCUCAGCGAAAUCACGCCACCAAGAUGGUCGACUUUCUUGCCGCCGUUGCCCCAGUCCGGUCUCAGAAGUCCUCUGAGCUAAUCUCAACGGAUAUCCAUACAUCUACAAAGUCCUAUAAAUUUACCUACUCUAUCGAGAUUGUGCCAAUCUGCAAAGACGAUCUCGUCUGUAUCCCUCUCAAGAUGGCCCGUACUCUUGGAAACAUCCCCCCACUUCUUCUCUGCAACCGCAUUGGAAACAGUAUCCACCUUCUCGACCCCAACACCCUCCAGGUCACCGACAUCACUACAAACGUGUACUGGCGCGCGCCUUUCAGCUCUCUCGCCGACGUGUCUUCCCUUGUUGAGUUCAUCGUCCUCGAUAUUGAGCCUCUAGGUGCUACCCACGGGAAGCACGUUCUCGCGGAUGUCACUGUUGCCCGCGCAUCUGACAUGGCAUCAAACAAUAAUACUUAUCUUGUUCGCACUCACCUCGGCGGUAUUCUACACCCAGGAGACUCUGCUCUCGGCUACCAUAUUACCGGUGCAAAUCUUAACAACGAGCACUUCGCAGAGCUGGAGCGCAACGCGCCAGACCGCAUCCCAGAUGUAAUCCUCGUCAAGAAGAGCUACCCGCGUAAGAAGAAGAACAAGUCUCGUGCUUGGAAGCUGCAGCGCAUGGCGAAGGACGAGUCCGAGAUGUUGCCCAGGAAGCAGGACCAGGAACGUGCGGAGCGCGAUUAUGAGAUGUUCUUGCGGGAUGUGGAGGAGGAUGCGGAGCUGAGAGGAACGCUGGCGCUGUACAAGAACACGAGGAAGAACCCGCCGAGUGGUACGAGAAUGGAGGGUGUGGAGAAGACUGGCGAUGAGAUGGAUGUUGAGGAGACGGAUGAGGAUGAUGACGAGGAGGGAUUGCCGGAGAUCGGCAUGGAUGAACUGUUGGAUGAGUUUGACGAGCUAAAUGUUAGGGACCAUGAUGAGGUGUAA